AUGGGACGGCAGCCGCUAAAGCAGGGCGGUGGGCGCAAAGCGCGCAAGAAUGUGCGUACGUCCACGACGUUCGAGACGCGGCUGGCGACGAUCAAGCACUUUGAAGAGAGCGGCGACAUGACGUCGACCGUCGAGCACUUCUUUCCGGCGCUAUCGGUGCAGGCCAAGCGCAGCAAAAAGCGCGUCAUCUACAGCUGGGUCAAGGACCGCGACAAAAUCGAAAAGGCCUGCGAGUCUACGAGUUCCGCCAAGGCGCAUCGGCUGCGCAAGCCGGGGCUCGGCCUCACACUGAGCUGUGAGGCCGAGAAGUGCAUUGUCGUUUGGCUGCGCUCGCUACAGAAGCUGGGCGUGCCCGUGACCGGCGCCAUGCUGUCGGAGCACGCCUUGGAGGUGGCCAAGGAGCUGGGGAUUGACAGCACACUCUUCACGGCGUCAAGUCCUUGGCGAAAGAAGUUUCUAGAGCGACACAACCUGAGCAUGUAA